AUUUAAAAAAACAUAUAGAAAUAUCUCUUGUUGAUUUAGUUUAUGCGUUAUAAUAAUGGCAGAUAAAAAGAAAACACAAGCAGGAGGAGAUGCUCCCGCGCCGCCCAAGAAAGAUGGCCCCAAAGGGAAAGUGGAGAUAGUACCGGAACCGGAAGAGCUGAACAAAACUCCCUCCGCUAUUGCUAGAGAGGAGGCGGAAUACCGCGCCAUGAUGAGGAAACAAAAGUUUAAAAGGCGUUGGCCCGAGAUCCAGAGACCCAAGUUCAGGACCCGGCCGUGGCACCCCCCGGGACCCCCACAGAGGAUGCCCCCUAUUACGAUUGAACUGCCCGAGUUGACAAUUCGGAAAUGGGUGCCGCCUUACCGCAGACGUAGAAGGCCCAGGCCAAAGAGGCUCAGGAUACCAGCUGAAGAGAUGACGCAGCCGUUGUAUGAGUUUGCCAAGCUGAAGAAGAUAUGGCACGGUUUCAGUCAAGUCGAAAGGAAUAAGAUGAUGCUACAAGGCAGUAUAGGAUGCGAUUCUAAAAGAUACUCUUCGACUGCUUGUGGCUCCCAAACGGCGUGUAUCGCUGUUGUAUGCCGUGCUCUCCUGGAAGAGAAGCCAGCAUCGGAGCUGGUGAGGAGGGACGUUGAUGAGGCGAUCGAAGCGGGCGACAGGUACUACAAGCAGUGCAUGGUCGCCAUGAAGUGUUACAAAGGCAAGCCCCAACUGAACUUGAACCAGCUCCUCACCUCAUUCUUCUUCCACGACAACAAGUAUACGGUUAAGAUGGUAGAAGCUGAGAGGGGACUGCUGGCGAAACAUCCUGAUAAUAUCCAGUCUGAUCCUGAUUUGAUGGCGCUAAUGGAAAAGAAGAUAGGCUCAACAUACAUGAUGAUCCUCUCCAUCGGCGGAGAGAAGCACUUUCUCAUCUGGGGUCAUCCUCCGCCGCCAGAGGCCGGCAGCAGCUGCCGCACUGUCUGCUAUAUCUUCGACCCACACAUGCUGAAUGACGUGGGGCAGCCUAACAAGUUGGGAGGGGCCGGCGCCUUCCUCCGUUACGCUGGGGUCACAUCGUUCGUGCUGGACUUUCUGGCCAACUACGGUGAUCUGGACUCUGCCAAGAAGGGAACUCCGAAGCCGCCAAUCACGUUGACUAACAUUGAUGUAGUACAAAGGGAACCACUAUUGAGAGUACCAGAUUACAGUCUGGACCUCAAAGCUCUCAAGAUCCACUGCAGGAGCGAGUGGGACAGCAUGAACAUCAACGCUUUGAUCGAGAAGAAGAGGAAUGAGGGUCAAUACCCCCUGGCCUCCCUCAGCGCCGUGAGCCUGGCGACUUCCAGAGGUACUUCCAGGAGGAAGGUCAGGGAUUUCUACCAGAAGACCCCUAAAGAGCCACCACCAACUCUCCCCAUGGCUCCGGAGAAGGCUCCUGCAAGUCCUACCAUGGAUCAGAUCAUGGCAAUGCGUGGAGAAGACUUCUUCCUCUACUGCCCCAGAGCUGAUGGACAUAAUUACGGCAGAGACGACAUGAUCCCGUCUCCCAAAGAGGAGGUCUUGGUGCACAGUCCAGUGGAGAUUGCUGACAAGAACUUCCACUCUCAGUUCCAGCAGCUGGACGCUGGCAAGUGGAUAUUGAGGGGGACCAGGCAUAUGGCCAGUUAUAGGUACCAAACCUUCAAGACCUACACGGCUGUACCAUGCUGCGUGGUCGCAAUAGCGAUGCUCAGGAGAUUAAGAGCUAGGGGCUGGAAUGAGGACACAAUUGACGAAACCCUGGAUUUAGGUUAUAACCUGUACAGGGAGUCUCUAGUAGAACGAGGUGGUCCCAUUCGUCGUCUUGUCCUGGGCGAGCUGAAGGACUGCUUCAGGAUACGUGACAAGGAAUACUGUCCUAAGCGUCGCGGUAUAGCAGUCUGGGGUAAGCUAGUCUCCAACAAUCCAAAAGUCUUCGACGUAUGCAGAGGCAUAGAAGCUUUUUUCAAGGAAGCUGAUAGCGGUAUACUUCAGGUCCCCGGGGAAUAUGAGUGUGCAAUAUGGUUUGAAGGUGAUCGGUAUUAUUUGUAUCAUCCUUGGCCUGCCGACAGAACUGGACGUAGGGUCAGUCUCCAAGGCGGCGGCAAAGCGUGCCUCAUGUACUUCCCACGCAUCUCCCACCUCUGCGACUACUACCUGGAGAACGUGACCGACAUGAAGGUGAAGCCGUUCAGCAUCUCCGACGUCAGCGUGUUCGAGAGGAAGGACCUGCCGGAGCCGGUCAAUAAGAUGAAGCCCGUGGCGCCGAACCGCUGGGUGGUCCGCGGUCGUUUCCACGAGGCAGACGCUAGGUUCCCGGAGGAGCACAGAGGGAAGCAGGCCACGCCCGCGUCGAUAGCGGCCAUCGCCAUGGCCCACAUCGUGGAACCAGCCAACUGGACGCCUGAUGAUGUUGAUGAGUCCCUCGUCCGAGGUGAUAUUCUGUACCAGAACACAAUGGAGCAUCUAGAACGUAUGGGCAUCAGUCUUGAAACACCUAAAGGCGAAGAGGCUGAAGAAGAAGAAGACGGCGGUUCUCCGUCAGGGACCCUGGCCGCUGCUGAUGUCCUGAACAAGUUCAGAGUCACAGACUUUGAUUGCAUUGAGACUGAUGUUAUGGACAGUUUGUAUAGUGGUCAACUGAACGCGGAAAAGGGCAGCGGCGUGAUGUCCCUAAAGGAGUCCCUGAAGAGUCUCUUCAAGAGCUACCGUCACGCCGUGGUGACUGCCCGCGGCGGUUCCACGGCGAUCUGGUUUGAUGACGAUCAUCUCUACUUCUUUGAUCCACAUGGGUGUGAUGAGAACGGUGCACCAUCAAACGAGCCCAGGGCCGCCGCAGCGCUGGUGCGUCUCGGCAACAACGUGGAAGAGCUGGCCAACAUUAUAAUGGGCAACCUGGCCCCAGGACAAGACGACAGCUUCAAUAUAUCGCCGGUGAUGGUGUCGGCUGCCAAAUUAAAUCCGGAACUCGGUGCGCCCACGACUAAACUAGACAGCAAAGCCUUCGAGUGGAUCGCUAAGGGAUCGGCCGCCAUCAUGAUGGGACCGAGAGGGGAGAACAGUGCUAUAGGCAAAGCGGCCGAGAGGGCUGGCAUUGGGGAGGACGAUAUGGCUGGCCGUACGUUGGCCCUCCCGGCCGCUGCUGCGUUCUGUGCCGCGACAGACUCUGUGCCACCGCCGCAUAUGCAUCAGGAUCACAUGUUCAAUUGCAUUGACGCGGGCACAGAGUACUAUCUGAACCACUUGAAGAAGACUGGCCGUAAGGAUAUCCAAGUGGAAGAUCUGACGGAGAAGUUCGAGAUGGGCGCCAACACCUUCUCCAUAGAACUCGGAGAACCCAUCAAAUUGCCGUUGAGGCUGCCUGAUGAGCCGGCUGGAGAAGGCGAAGAAGGUGGUGAAAAGGAGGAACUUGGAGAAGGCGAAGAAGAAAAAGAAGUAAUGAAACAAAUCAAAGACGCGCUGUUCAAGCAAUGGUAUGACCAGACCAAACCCAGUACGGUGUCUCUGCUGGUUGGAGAUUACCACCAACUUGGUGUUUGGGUGUCCGCUGGGGGAAAGGUGGUGGCUUUCGACCCAGCCCCCACCUUGGCCAAGGGGAUGUUGACCAGGCAGAGGAUUACGAAGGGUGAUGAGCUUAGACUGCAGCGCAUCAAAGACGAGAUGGCCGGUGAAGGUGGCGGCGGUGAAGAAGAAGGUGAUGAGGAGGCUGGUGGAGAAGGUGAAGCGCAACCGGAGCCCGAGCCGGAAUUCGUUCCACCCGAGUCUUGUCCAGCUCUGAUGGUCUUUGCCAGUCCUGCUGAGUUCAUUGACAAGCUGACUCUCCAAGGCCCAUUGGACAAGAAGCAGUGUCUAGCGCCGUACAAAUUGUACCCAGUGACAAUCACGAACGAGUUGACUUCACUGCUGAAGGAGAAGAAGGCGACUGAGCCCAAAGAAGGCGAAGAAGAGGAUGAAUCGGAGUCCCUAAUCGAGCCAUUGUCUGAUGCCGCCAUUGGGCAAUACUUUACCAAAAUUGGCAGAGCGGUGGCUUCUCUCAGAGGGAAACUUGCGCAGGGAGAGAAUUACUUUAUGGAACAGCCCAACAGAGACAAUCAGGAUGCUGCCAAUGCAGUAAUGGGCAUAGUUGUGGACCAUAUCGAGCCGUACCUCUACUGGAAGUCUUCCCUGAUCGACGCCAUUAUCAAAUAUGGCGACAGAUUGUACACUAUGUCUCUGCCGAAUUCUCCCGUACCUCCGAGGGUCACAGCUAGAGAGAUCGUUCCGGAGUUUCAUGUUACUACUUUUAAUGUAAAGCUGGACAUAGAACCAGAUAUGGUCAUUGGUGACGUGAAGGCUGGAGAGACGGGCGGCGUGCUAAGUGUGAAGAGGGCGAUCAACAAGUUCUUUGAAACCGGCAAACAUGGAGUGCUUUGCUGCAAGCAAUACUGCGUUGGCAUUUGGCGAGCUUCUGAUGACAAGGCCUUGUGUCUCUGGGAGCCUCAUGCUGUGGGGCCGUCUGGUCUCACGUCUCCGGCUGGAGCGGCUGGACUGAUCCUCUUCUCCACUGUGGAUCUCAUGGCUGAUGUUAUAAAGAAGAAUAUUGAGGCAACCGGCCGAUCUGGUCCUAAUACCCUCUCAAUCUCCUCCGUGAAAGUCUGGUGGGAGAUAUCGAAGACUCCCCAAGGUGUGACGGCCCAGGGCGCGGUCCCCGACGAGGGGUACGAGUGGAAGGUGCUGACGGCCUACGUGGAGACUGCUAGGGGAAGAACCAUAUUGAGGGGGAGCAGACCGCCUGAUCUUCAGAAAUUCACCAGAGAUGCCCUUCUACAAUCGUCAUGCGGCGCAAUAGUAGCCGCUUGCAUGUCACACAUCCGUCGUCCCCAUCUAUGGACGAGGAUCACUGUGGACCAGAUCAUGGGAACAGCAUGUCAAUUGUUCGCCAACUCACUCAGCACGCUGGGCUAUGAGUUCCGCCCUGGUGAUGAUGUAUUACUGCCUUUGCAAGUGUUGCAAAGAUUCGUGCUGGGCGUCAACUAUGUCAGAUACGAACUGGACGCUAUUUAUUCUGGCAAACUGGAACAGAAGGAGCCUAGCGAGUUGACUGUCAGAGCGGCCCUAGAGAGAUUCUUCGAAGCCCACACUCACGGUAUACUCUGGUCUGUGCCACACGCGGUGGCGGUAUGGCGGGUGGCUGGUUCGCCGCCGUACUAUAUGAUGGAGCCUCACGCGUGCGGACCCACCGGUCUCAGGAUCGAUGCUCAGGAUGACGGCGCCGCGUGCGUUUUAACUUUCACCUCUGCUAAGCUGAUGGCUUUUGCAUAUCUCCAAAACAUACCAGUGGUCCAACGGCCCAAGCACGAUUUCCAACUGUACGCCAUAUCUGUGGUGGUGCAACCCAUCAAACCCCUGGGGGGCGUGAAGCCUCCCCUUGUGAGGGCUCCCGAGGGAGUUAAACUGGUGCCGGCCACUAGUAAAGUCGGAGUCGAUGGCUCCAAGCGGCGUGCUGACGAAGCUGACAGGAAACAUCCGCCAGGCAGCGCCACCUGCUUGGACGCGCAGAGAGCUGCCGACAAACGCGAUAAAGAGCUGAAGCUGAAGGGAUUGAGAAACACCAGCGGUUGGUUGGUGCUUCAGGAUGGCACGCAGUACCUGUCUGCUCAUCACUCCAUGGCGUGCAAGAAGUUCCCCCACGGUUCUAGGGGGAACCAGGCCGUGGCGUGCUCAGUGAUGGCCGUGGCCAUGUCCCGGGUCGAGGACGUGUGCCGCUGGUGCUCGUCCAAUCUGGACGACAUCCUGGAGAGCGGCGACCAGCUGUACCAGGACAGCUAUCUCCACUUCAAGCCGGACACCAAGAUACUGUCUAUACAACAGAUCCUGCGCAAAUUUUACACUCCAGGCAAUUGCGUCUGCCGCGUUGUGGUGUACCGACCUCGGCAGCAGGGGAAGGUUGAUGCUGAUCUGGUGGAACAGCUAACGCAAUUCUUUAGCGAGGAGCGUGCGGGCGUUUUCAUCGCAGGCGUAGGGGACUUUGCCGUUGCCUUGUUCAGAACUCCGAGGGGAUACUACAUGUUCGACCCGGCCGACAGGGAUCGCUACGGGCGCGCUGUGGCGCCACCUUGCGUCGGGAAAGCGAGAGCUUGUUUCUCUCAGUACCCUAAUGUACAAUCUUUGGCCGAGAAGUUGGGUCCGAAUAUACCGCCAGUGAUUAACGAUACUCAAGAUAUUGAGGUUUUGGGUGAGAAGAAGUCAAAGUUGGAGUUGCACAAAGAGUCUAAAUCCAAGACUGACUUGAGCAAAGAUGGAGACGAUAAAGGGGUACAUUUCGAAGAGACAGCGUCAUUCGCCAUAUACGGAAUGGAAGUGACCAACUUGCGUAGACUGAAUCAACAUGAGCGUUAA